CGAUUCAAUAGUCGCGGGCUACUUGAACGCCGAGAGCGGCGCGAGACUCGGUGGCCGCCGGCAGCAGUCCCGCCCGCCCCGCGUCCCGCCCGCCCGCCGCCGCCGCCGGCCCCGGGCCUCCACCCGGCCGUCCCCGCUCCGCGGCCGCGACGAUGUUGGCGGGGCAGGAGAACCAGGAGAACAUCCCCCCGGGCGGCAAGGCGCCGCCGCCCGCCGCCGGUAGCCGCGUGGCUCUGGGGCUGCUGCGGGGCGCCCAGCAGCGGCCCGGCGGCCCGCCGCAGGCGGCGCGGAGCGGCGUUGAGGGACAUGGCGCGGCGGCGGUGGGGCGGCCGGUCGGCGGGCAGCAGGCCUUCACCAUCCAUGUGGACGAGCCGGACGGGGAGCAGCCGCAGCGGCGGCGGGGCGGUGGCGGCCCGGCGAGCCAGAAGGAGGAUGAGGCGGCGGCGGCGCUGGGGCUGCGUGCGGCCGUCUGCGCUCUCGGGGAGCGGCGGCCCCUGGCGCCCCUGGGCAACGCCAUCGAGCUGAGCUUCGAUUCUCCAAGUAUUAUGGACAUUUCAAUAACCUCAGAAACAGAAGAGAAAAAACCGAACGUUAAUAACGUACCAGACUAUAUCAGCGACAUCCAUACGUACCUUAGGGAAAUGGAGGUGAAAUGCAAGCCUAAAAUGGGUUACAUGAAGAAGCAACCUGAUAUCACAAACAACAUGCGGGCUAUUCUUGUGGACUGGCUGGUGGAAGUUGGAGAAGAAUACAAAUUACAGAAUGAAACCCUGCACUUAGCUGUAAACUACAUCGAUAGGUUCCUUUCUUCGAUGUCUGUUUUGAGAGGAAAACUUCAGCUUGUGGGUACUGCAGCUAUGCUGCUUGCAUCAAAGUUUGAAGAAAUCUACCCUCCUGAGGUAGCAGAGUUUGUCUACAUCACAGAUGACACCUAUACCAAGAAGCAGGUUCUAAGGAUGGAGCACUUAAUUUUGAAGGUUUUGUCGUUUGACUUGGCAGCUCCAACCAUCAACCAGUUCCUCACUCAGUAUUUCCUACAUGAGCAGACAAAUGCUAAAGUGGAGAGUCUGUCGAUGUACCUUGGGGAGCUGAGUCUAAUCGAUGCUGACCCUUACUUGAAAUACUUGCCAUCAGUUAUUGCUGCCGCAGCAUUUCAUCUAGCGGGCUAUACGAUCACUGGACAAACUUGGCCUGAAUCCCUGUGCAAAGUAACAGGCUACACACUUGAAGACAUCAAGCCUUGCCUCAUGGACCUACACAAGACCUACCUCAGAGCAGCACAGCACACGCAACAGUCCAUAAGGGAAAAGUACAAGAGUACAAAGUACCAUGGAGUAUCGCUCAUUGACCCACCAGAGACACUAAACUUAUUGUAAUAAUCAAGAGACUGAUCUUUUAAAAGGAUGUAUAUUACAAGAAAAUGAUGUACAGUUUUAAACAAGGUUGAAAAUUGUAGAUGUGAUCACCCGGUGUAUUAAUACAGGUUCUGAUGAGCUUAAUUAUGAUGUUAGUUUUAUGUGGUUUUAAUGUAAAUCUUUUGUACAUGCAAUCUUGUUAAAAUAUUUAGCAGGGGUUUUAUAAAAAUGUUCUCUUUGAGCACGGAAUUAACCAGGCAGACCAACCGAAGUCUGAGACUGCUUAUCUAAUUCUAGACAACACGGAAUCACAGAAUGGUGAUUAUUGAUGUUAGCAGCGCAUUAUUAUAGUAGGGCUUUUUCUCCUUCCAAGUAAGUAUGACUUGGACUGCACAGCAGUAUUUGUAGCAUUUUUAUACUGUCUAGUUUAAACUGAAAGUUAGUAUAGAUCCAAAAUGUGGCUUGAUGGUUCUAAUACUGGAAGAAACUCCAUAGCUAUGAGGAGAUCACCUUGCUGGAAUUGACUCUUGCAGGGCUCUUUAGGACAUGCCAGUUGCUGGAAGCCUUGGGUGCUAUGUAACGUAUUGCCACAUCUCCAUCAGGUUAAAGGUUGGACGCUCUGCUGCAGGGACUGCACAACCAAAACUAGUAUACCAGGUCAUACUUCUCCAGUAUGUAGAAAACGGUCUUGCUACAGGUAUUUUCUAGUCAAAGUGUAAAACUGAUAAUAAUUUAAACCCAGGGAGGUCCCACUGAGUCCUGAAAGCCCAUCGAUAUCUACUAAAAAAAUUCUAGUCAUCUGUCUGUUUACCUAGUACCUCUUUAGGGGUGGUGGAGGGAUUAAGCUGUAGGAGGGUGGACUAUUGCUUUGCGCACUGAAGAGAAGGGAAUGUCUUCUGGUGUGGAGAUGGGCUGUGUGUGGGGUGUACGAAUUCUGUACACCCCUCUUGCUUGGAAAGGGCUCCUUGGCGGCAUGUGGCAAAAACUGGUCUUACAUUUCCUUAGUUCUAGAACUGUUACACGAGCAAACUAGCGCAUAAUUGGCAUUAGAUCAAGGGGACAUUUACCUUCAACCUGUGUAAACGGAGUGAUGCUGCCCUGUACUUUGCUGCUUUUUGCAUGUAAAGCAGUGAGUGCAUGGAAUUGGGUUCAUUUAAGCCAUUUCUAGGUAGGCUAAUAAACAAUUUUUACAUCAGAUGUUAGUGGUCUUGCAAAUACCUUAAAACCACUGAGGGUUUUACUACCAUCUUAAGUACUACCAUCUUAAACUGGCAUUCAUUCCUAAAGCUUUUUGGCAAGGGCUGCCCUGUGAAACCUGCACCACUUCAAGUUGAUUCAAGGCUGUCUCUGUGGUUAUCUGGACACCCAGCAGGUGGUAGGGUAAGUUCCUCACAGAUGGUGAGCAGCUGUUGGGGUGUGGGCUAUUUAAAAUUCAGCUCUGUCAAGCUGUGAGACAACUCAGAGUGAGACAACUCAUGUGUCUCGACUCAAUAACUAAAAGCUUACUGUUCUGCUCCCCGCUCUGCAGUCUGAGCCCUCCUGGAACCAACUCAGUUACAAAACGAAUCAGGACAAAAGUAUGCAGCAGAGGCUGCCUUUUUUUUGGCCAGUCUGAGCUUUUUAGGAUGCACUUUGACUUUUAUACGUGUUCUAAUGUUUAACAUAGAACCGUAUUUCAUUGGUCUACCAUGUUCCCCAAUAGCCUUUACUUAGCUUCAUUUCAGUAGGUUGCCACUGAAAAGCUACAACUAGUUGGAGGAAAAAACUGUGUGGUGCAUCAUGUCUGGUGCUUAGCGUUGGAAACUCUCCAGCCUUGCGGGACAGGGAGUUUGUAUACAGGAGCAUGUUUGCUGCUGUUGGGACAUCGGUUUGUGACCUCGGAAGGGCAACUCAAAACACGGACUGGCAGUUCUUCUUUGAAGACAACAGAGCUUCUGGAGAAACUGGGUUUUUUGUGAUGUGUGCUGGAAACUUUCCAAGACCACCGAGCACUAUGAACAUUGGAAGAGGAGUAACUUAAAGCCUAUGAAUUAUUUUCCCCAGAAAAGAGCAAGCAGCAAUACUUAAGUGAAAGGACUACAGUGGCUUAUAGUGUGAAUUUACUGCUUAAUGAAGUGUCUAUUUGCUCUGUUUCCAAGGGAUGCUGUUCUGCUACUGUUCCCAUAGCAGAGAAAAAAAGCUGCCUUGUUCCCUGAGCUUUACUUUCAACAUACCACUAUGACUUCCUCUACAGUCUAAAAAAAAUGCUUCAGUUGGGGGCCGGUAUCUCUGCCCCAUGUGACUCUGCUCCUUCCUCGCCAACAGAUCCUGCCGCUGCAACAAGCUCCAUCUUUCCCCAUCUCAUUUUUCAAAGUUAAUAUGGGACGAUUCCAGCCCUUGCAACUAAGCUGUGAACAAAAUCCCCCAGGUUGUACUGUACUACUGUUUUGCCUAUUCCGUUUUAACUGCUAGUCAUUUAAAAAUAAAGCCUCUAAGGCAAGUAAGGUAUGAGAUAUUACAUGUGAGAAAGAGAAACAGCAGCACAAAGAACACUGUUCUUUUUCCUGAAGAAGUUUAAGGUCUCGUGGUACUGUGGAAGUUAAGAAGAAACUGAAUCUUCACUCAUUCUUGUACUCCCGACCGUGACUUUGGGUUGGAAGAACUGACACUAAGAGAAGGUGCUGGUUUAGCUCCUGGAGGAACAGGGGUUUCUGUGUCUGUCCCUUUCUGGACAGUUUGCAUGGCUGGGAGCGAUUUUAAUUUUUUUUUUUAACAUUAAGUAAGUUCUAAGCCUGAUGUGGGGAAUGUAAUAUCUGCAACAGUAACUUCUCUCCUGUUCAGAUUUCAUGAAGUAGUAAAGUCACAUGUAAAAUAGUCCUACUUUGCUCUUGUAAAUAUGUGCUUGUUUCCCCUUUGGCUCUACUUCUGAACAAAGCAGACAGGUCAGGUAUUUCGGAAACUUCCUCCUGUCUUUGCUUUGCCCAAUUAUAAAUUCGGAGUGUAAUUCUUUGACCAUAGUUCAAGAACAUUCCUGGCUGUUGCAUGUAAUAUUUAAUUAAACUUUUUAAGACACUC